GUUAAAUAGUUAGUGAUCUAAAUGCAGCAAAACACAACCCUGCUUUUCCUAGUAAUAAUUUAAAUUAAGAUAUUUCAUCGUGUCGGAUACACUUAAUUAAUUGAGGGAAAUCAAUACUACCUACUUAUCGGGAAUUUCCAUAUCGCUGUGGUAUAAAUAGAUAUUGCAGAUGCAGAGCUGGUAUCAGUUAAGCGUUGGAAUUCAAAAGAGCUACAAGCAGCAGGAAAUAAUUUAUAUUAAACUAAAAUGCAGAUCCUCCCAAGUAUCGUCGUCAUGGCAGUAGCACUCUCCGGAGUUACAUUUGCAGGAUAUGUUCCACAUGGGCAUGCUUCCAGCUACGCCACAUUAGUGCAACACAACCAUGCUGCUCACGGGUAUGCCGGUCACGAUGAUUCCCUGCAAUACGCCGGAGAUGGUCAAGGUCACUAUGAUCACCAUUACGAACACCAUGAACCUCAUCACUAUCCCAAAUACGAAUUCGAUUAUGGAGUAAAGGACGCACAUACUGGUGAUCAUAAAAGCCAAUGGGAGCAACGCGAUGGUGAUCAUGUCAAGGGCGGAUAUACUCUGGAUGAAGCUGAUGGCACCACACGCGUUGUGGAAUACACUGCCGACGAUCACAACGGCUUCAACGCCGUUGUGAAGAAAAUCGGUCAUGCCCAACACCCUCCGGUAUACCAUCAUGGGGACAAUUAUCACGGCGGAUAUAGCUACGAUAAUGGCCAUCACGGCGAUAGUUAUGUGGAAAUCAAACAACAUCACUAAAUGAAAGAAAUGAUUUAAACGGAAGAACUGGUGAAUACCAACUAAAAAAUCGAGGGGAUAUCAUCAUAGAACCAAAGAACUUUGAAAUAUAUUUGUUAUUUAA